UUCACAUUUCACCAUUUUCAUCAAUAUUACACAGAUUUCGGCAAUCAGCCUAGGCUUCUGUUUGAUCGUUAUUGCAAUUCCGAAACUGUAAAAUUUGCGAAAAAGGAUAAAUUGUGGUAUCGAAUUGAUAUCAAGGCAAUGGAUUCGGUUCUUCCAGUUACAGUAGCAGUAUCGUUGAUUGUAGGAGCUUUAAUCGCAUUUCUAAUUUUCGGAAGCUAUUUCCGGAAACGAAAAUCCGAAGUCGAGUCGAUCGCGAAGCCUGAAAAGCUUCAAGCGAAUCAAAAUCUAAGCCAAAAGCAGCCGUUGAAGACUAACAAGAAAUCUCAGUCCAAAAUUCACUCUCACUCUCACGCCGCCGAUAAGGAGGCGAACAAGCGGCAUCAUCCGCUGGAUUUGAACACGCUGAAAGGUCACGGUGAUGCAGUCACGGGGCUGUGUUUUUCUACGGAUGGACGUAAUUUGGCAACUGCUUGUGGCGAUGGGGUUCUGAGGGUUUUCAAGCUGGAUGACGUUGCCAACAAAAGCUUCAAGUUUCUUAGAAUUAACUUGCCUGCUGGAGCUCAUCCAACAGCAGUUGCUUAUGCUGAUGAUGCAACUUCUGUAGUUGUUGCAACUCACACGCUGUCUGGCUCUUCGCUGCAUAUGUAUGGAGAAGAGAAACCCAAAGCGACUGGUGAGUCUAAGCAACAAACAAAGCUUCCUCUGCCGGAGAUCAAAUGGGAGCACAAGAAGGUUCAUGACAAGAGGGUCAUUCUUACCCUAGUUGGAACCAAGGCGACAUAUGGCGGUGCAGAUGGCAGUACUGUUAUCGUGUCAUGUUCUGAAGGCACAGACAUUACACUCUGGCAUGGAAAAACAGGAAAGGUCUUGGGUCAUGUUGACACAAAUCAGCUAAAAAACACCAUGGCAACUGUAUCCCCCAAUGGGAGAUUCAUAGCUGCUGCAGCUUUUACUGCUGAUGUGAAGGUUUGGGAGAUUGUGUACACCAAAGACGGAUCAGUGAAGGAAGUUUCAAAGGUUAUGCAGCUCAAGGGGCAUAAGAGUGCAGUUACAUGGCUGUGCUUUGCCCCAAAUUCAGAACAAUUAAUUUUGACACAUUGUCCUUUGUGGGAUGGUAGCAUUAGAGUCUGGAACAUGCUUUUUGUCUGCUCAUUUGAAGUUCGAUAUCAUCUGGAUGAGGAACUGAAAACUUUGAAGGUGUUUCCCAUUCCACUUCAUGAUGCAAACGGCACAACUUUACACUAUGACCGUCUGUGUCUCUCUCCUGAUGGGAAGAUAUUAGCUGCCAUUCAUGGUUCAACAUUGCAGUGGUUAUCUGCUGAGUCUGGGCAAGUUUUGGAAACAGCUGAGAGAGCUCAUGAUGGUGAUAUCACGGACAUGGCAUGGUCCCCUACCCCCAUUCAAAGUGGAGAUAAGAAAUUGUCCGUUUUGGCCACAGCCAGCAUUGACAAAAAAGUGAAGUUGUGGGUGGCUCCAAUGCUUCAUCCAUCAUGAGAAAUUCUGCAGGUGUUCUGCCGAUAGACGGGGUCCAUGGAAGUGCUUCAGAUGGGAAUUUUUGAGAUGUUGCUUCUCUUCUAUUUGGACCGAAUGCUACUACAGGCUUACCUUGCAAAUUACAAGUUUACCCGGAAAAGCAUAGGUGAUGCGGAAUUUGAGUUCAUUGCUGAGGUUCAAAGAGGACUUUAACUUCUUGUAGCGCUUCCUUCUCACAUAGAUUCUCACCAUCGACUUUCUUUGCUGUAGAAAUUUUACAAUACAACUGGAAAGUUUUCAUAGUUCAUUUCCAGUUAAGUUGAUGUAUUGUUAAUUUAUCAUCUGAUGUAGAGAGAGAGAGAGAGAGAGUUUGUGUGUGUGUGUGUGAUGAAAAUUUUGAAUUCUAGCAAUAAUUAAAAUAUUAAAUUCGAUGCCAGUUUAAUCGUGUGAGCCUGA